ACUUUAACAUUGUGCCAAUGUAUAAUUGGUUUCCAGGAAAGGGGACAGAGUCUUUCCUCUGAAGUUAAAUGAGAAUUCAAUUUUCAUAUAAAUUAAAAGAAAAAAAAAGACAGUGUUUUUGUAAAACAUUAGGCAUAGCUUUGUGGAUAAAGAUACAAAUAACAAUUUCUUAUUUCUCAACAAUAAACAAGUAAUCACUAUAAUCUGUAGUGUAUCUUCCUAUCUGAUAGGCAGCCUGGGAUGAUGGUGGACAGAAUAUUGGAUUCAGAGUUGAGUUCAAUCCUGCUUUGACUUUAAAAAAAAGAAGAAAAAUGAAAAAGCAUUUACUAAGCAUUUAUAUGUGCCAAGCACUGGGUGAGGUACUGGGAAGAGAAACACAAAACUGAGAGUCUCUGAAUUUCAACAAGAAUCAUAACAUUUUAAUAGGGGGAGACAACACAUUGACAAGGGGUAGCCAGAAAAGAAAAUUUUUGUCUGGUGAGUUAUAGGAAUUGUGUAUAAUAUGGCAGUUAAUUGUACUAUCUUUUCCAGAAGCAAUGGUAGUACUAAUUACUUUUCUCCAAGCAAGUGAUAGAAAUGAGUGAAGUAAAUAAACCAGUAGAAGAAAGAACAAGUCUUUGUCCAGGUGAGUGGACAACAGUGUUUGUUGACAGAAGAGUUUGUACUUAAUCACCAAUCACUCCCUGAGGUAAAUGCCAAAGCUCAAUAAUUUAAUGCCCUGGGAGUAGGGUUGGGGAUGGGAGUUUGUUAGAAUUCUUACAAGGUGCUAAGGCAGUGGAAUUGAUAGAGACAAUGGUUGUUUAGCAGGGUACUUAACAGUUCUCUAAAUUACUUAGUACUUAUUAGAGUUCACACCUUUAAGAGAGUAUAUAUAAGCUAGGAGCCUCAACCAAGAUGUAGUUCGGGAGAUUCAGAGCCAGGAUUCAGUUGAGGAGAUUCACAAGCCAGGCAGAAGGAAGGAAGAAAGAGAAGAGGUGGCAGGCUGUCCUGUGGAGAACACUGAAACCAAGAUGCAGAAGGCCUCCAGAACUAGCCAAACCCCAAAUGUAGGAGAUAAGAUUUGGAAAGAGACAGUAAAGGAUUUAGACUUUAACUCCUGGCUGUGUUUGAGGUGAUUAUUACACUGAACUGAAACAAAGCCCCCGAAGAAACCUGCUCCCAGGGAACAUUAAAUUUUAGAGAAGAACAUUACAGGAGUUGCUGGUUUUCUUAAGGAUAUUGUUUUUAAUGGAGAAAGGACAAUUAUUACCUGAAGAGAGGGCUAGCCAUUUAGGGUAAGAUGUAGUUUGUUCAUGCCUAGUUAAUGUAGUUAAUUUAGAUGCUCUUUGACUUCAUUUUGGUUCCUAUUCAUGGAAAACUAUUUGUUUGCUUUAUCUUUAAAGUUCAAAGAUGAUUCUAUUACAUUAUCUCUGUUCUCCUGAAUUUUCAUUUCAAAGUUCCAAGUUAGUUCUGGUAUUUUCAUCAAAAAUUCUUGAAAGCCCUCUAUUUCAUUGAAGAUUCUUCUCCUCUCUCCCCACCUUAGAUUAUGGUCAGUUUUGCAUGAUAAAUUAUCCUUGAUUAUAAAAUCUUUUACCUUUUGGCAUAUUAUAUACCAAGGUUCUCCUUCUCCCCUUUAUUGUUGUAGAGGCUUAUGAGAUAUUGAUUGUGGUUCCUUCUUGCUUAAACUCUUUUUGAUUAAUGGGGUGAUUUUUUUUUUUUUUUUUGUAUAUGAUAUGAAAUGUUUGGCUGCUUUUAGUUUGGGGUUUCUUUCAAAAGGUUGAGUGAACCACGAAACUGAGGACUUCUCAGAAUAAUCAACUUGAUAAUUCCAGAUUUAGCACUAACGGUCUGUGGUUUCUCAUAAAAUCACUAAGAUAGACUGAAUCUACCAUUAAGAUUUUAAUGUAUGAAGAAAAUUGAAGGUUUGGGAAAUGAAAUUCUUUAUAUAAAUAUCAUAAUAAAGAACCUAAAAGUUUUUGUAUUGUGACCAGCUAAGAUUGAGCAAACAUUUGUAAGAAGUCAACCACAUUGGUUUUAGUAAGCAUUGUAACAGAUUGGAAUGUAACAAACAUUGUAAUGUUUUAUAACACUUUAACCAUGGGUGAAACUGGAAAUUGAGGAUUUCUCAGAAUAAUAAAAUUUAGAACCAAGCGUUUAAUCUUUAGGCUCUGGGAAGAACAACAAAGACUUUCCAAGGGAAAACAUUCAAGAGAUAAGUGCUUAGAGAAGAAUUUGACUACUUAAUGGCCUGGAGAUAUUUGAGAGGUCUAUAAACUGGCUUAUAUCUAUUUGUUGAUUGAGAAAAGCCUGAGGUAAAAUCAAAUCUUCCUAAACUAUUUUGAUUAUUAACCUUAGAAGCAAAACAGAAUCUUCCUCUCUUGAAACAAGUCUUGCAUAACCAAGACCUUCACGCCACAAAAGCCCACCUAUAUUCCAGAGACAAAUAAAGGAAUAAAAGUCAAGUUUGCCAAUGAUUCUAGGAGGAUUGAUAAUUUCUGUAAUUUCUUUUCUCUCACUGCCCACUUAAAUUAUCUCACAGUUCUUGUGAGACUGACCCUCCUCCCUCUGAGACUCCAGUGCUCUCACUGUCUGUUUCUCAUGAGAACUUAAUAAAACUUCUAUUCUUCACUUUGGGAUAUCUCUGAGUAUUUUUUGAAUUGGGUUUUGCCAUCUCACACAAGAUGAAAGGUGGAUUUUUGCUAUUAUUUAUUUUGCUAUCUGGUUGUAAUAGAUUUAGGCAAUUUUCUUUAUGAUUUCUUUAAAUAUAAUAUUCAGAUAUUAUUGAGGGGCAGUGGUUGUCGUGGUUUUCAAGGAGUUCAAUAAUUAUGCUAUCUUAACCUAUUUUCAAGGUCAAUUGUUUUGCGAAGCAAGUAUCUUACAUUUUUUAGUUUAUUUUUUCAUUUUUUUUACUUUGUCCUAACAUUUCUUGCUGUUUUGUAUGCUCUAUUCUAUUUUUUCGAUAAAGUUUUCUAUUUUCUGUUUUAAAUUAUUUCUUACUCCAAUUUUUUCCUUCUAAAAGUUUGGUUUCAUUUUUUAUUUCUCGUUUUGCUGAUGAGAGAUAAAGGUUCUCAGGCGGAGCGUCUCAUCUACUUAAGAGAUUAGUUUAUUUAUAUGCUGUUUUUCUGAAGGUUAUGUUUUCGGGCUUUGGGAAUCUAAAAAGUAAAAUUAAGCCCUUGUUACCUUUGAACCUGGAGGGUUGGUCUGGGCAGGGACACAAAAAAGGCUAUGAGCAAGGGCCUUCUCCUUCUCCUAAAUGGGGCUGGGAUAAUCAGUGAAAUACUACCUACUUCAGAAGCAUCGUAGUCGGCGGUUACAGGGUUUUGCAAGGAGUGCGGGCCUGUCUCUAAUAGAGCUCCUAUACACUUAAAAGGCGGGCGAAGGAGAGCACUGGGAUCCCAGGUCCGAGCACACACCCGCCUGCUUCUCCCGCUCUAGCUUCUCCAGAGGCUCCAGCCUAGCGUCUCUGCCACCGCCUCUUCCUUCCUAGUUAGUGCGCAUGCUUAGUGCCCGGUCUCGCCGGGGUAAAGGGGAAUAAUGAGAACCUGGACAAGGGGAAGAGGGAACCUAGGAUUUGGAGUAAGAGAAGCUCGUCAUCGCUGCUGGAGCGCCUUCUGGGCCCGUCUCCGGGGAAACUGAAAGGGUGUCCGUGGAAAGGGAAAGGAAAAGGAGCGUCUCGUGUUGAUCUCGAAGGAAACCUACGCAUCCCGGCCCCGCUCUGUGUCCUCAGUGCCCUCCUCCCUUGCGGAGAUGGCUCCGGGGUUGAGCCGGGCUGGAUUUCGAAGCGCGGACUUAUGAAGAAAAGCCGGGGACUCCAGACUCUGCUGCUUUCCGUUCGCAGCCGCUCUCGUAGCGGGUAGUGAGAGGCUGUCGGGUGGGAUGCGGACCUGGGACGAGGCCAGCGGCACCAUCGCCGGGCAGCUAACCCAAACAAAGGAGGAAGUGCCAGUGGAGGACCGGGCCACUGCCCACCGGGAGGAGACUGCUGAGCUGGAGGUGAAGGGAGGAGGAGACACCCCGCCGCCGUCGCCGUCAUCGUAGUCGCGGGGUCAGCUUGGGCUCUGGGACACGAAGCCCCUGGCUCCACGAGCCUGCCGAGAGCAGCGACCUCUCCCUCCCCCCAGCUCAGGCCUCGGCGCGAGUUGUUCAGGGAGGGAGCCUCCCGGACUCUGGAGUGGGGCGGCCGCAGUCGCUGUCUCCUGACCCUGCCCUCGCUUCCCCAACCUCGUUGAGGAGGAGCCGCUGCCGAAGUCAUGCAGCCGCCGCAACAGCCUUACGACUUCUUCAGUGAAGAGAACCAUCCGAAAUGGCGGGGACUCUUCAUUCCUGCCCUGCGGAAGGUUCAGCAUCAAGUUCACCCCAAUCUCUCAGCAAAAGAGGAUUGUCUAUAUUACAUUGAAGAGUUGAUCCUUCAACUGCUAAAUAAAUUAUGCAUUGUACAGCCAAGGACUGUUCAAGAUGUAGAGGAACGUGUUCAAAAGACUUUUCCUCAUCCAAUUGACAAGUGGGCUAUUGCUGAUGCACAAUCUGCCAUAGAAAAACGAAAACGAAGGACUCCUCUUUUGUUACCUGUGGAUAAAAUUCAUCCUUUAUUGAAGGAAGUUUUAGGGUAUAAAGUAGAUUAUCAUAUCUCUCUUUAUAUUGUGGCUGUAUUGGAAUAUAUCUCUGCUGAUAUUCUGAAAUUGGCUGGUAAUUAUGUUUUUAAUAUCAGACAUUAUGAAAUCUCCCAGCAGGACAUUAAAGUAUCAAUGUGUGCAGAUAAGGUUUUAAUGGACAUGUUUGAUCAGGAUGACAUUGGUUUGGUUUCACUCUGUGAAGAUGAAUCUCUUUCUUCAGGUGAACUAAAUUACUAUGACCUAGUCAGAACUGAAAUUGCAGAAGAAAGACAGUAUCUACGGGAAUUAAAUCUAAUAAUAAAAGUAUUUCGGGAGGCUUUUCUUUCAAACAAAAAACUGUUUGCAUCUUCUGAUAUUGAAGGGAUAUUCAGUAACAUUUUAGAUAUUCAUGAAUUGACUGUAAAGCUUUUAGGCUUGAUUGAAGACACAGUUGAAAUGACUGAUGAAAGCAGUCCUCAUCCUUUAGCUGGCAGCUGUUUUGAAGAUCUAGCAGAAGAACAAGCAUUUGAUCCAUAUGAAACCUUGUCACAGGAUAUUCUUUCACCACAGUUUCAUGAACGUUUCAAUACUUUGAUGGCUAAACCUGCUGUUUCUCUACAUUUUCAGUCCAUUGCUGAUGGCUUUAAAGAGGCGGUACAAUAUGUUCUUCCACGCCUUAUGCUAGUGCCAGUUUACCAUUGUUCACACUACUUUGAAUUAUUAGAGCAAUUGCAAGAAUGCAGUGAAGAACAAGAAGACCGAGAAUGUUUGAAACAAGCUAUUACUGCUCUUCUGAAUUUCCGAUGUAGCAUGGAACGGAUUUGCAAUAAGCAUUCACCUAGACGGAGACCUGCAGAUCCUGUUUGUCGAUUUUAUAAUCGUCAAUUACGGAGUAAGCACCUGGCCAUUAAAAAAAUGAAUGAAAUUCAAAAAAAUAUUGAUGGAUGGGAAGGCAAAGAUAUUGUCCAGUGUUGUAAUGAAUUUAUAAUGGAAGGACCAUUGAUAAGAAUAGGAGCUAAGCAUGAACGCCAUAUUUUUCUUUUUGAUGGCUUAAUGAUUAGCUGUAAAACUAAUCAUGGACAGUCCCGGAUUCCAGGUUAUAGCAAUGCAGAGUACAGAUUGAAAGAAAAAUUUAUCAUGAGGAAAAUACAAAUCUGUGAUAAAGAAGACACUUCUGAAUACAAGCAUGUCUUUGAGUUGAUUUCCAAAGAUGAAAACAGCAUUAUAUUUGCUGCUAAGUCCAUUGAAGAGAAAAAUAAUUGGAUGGCAGCCUUGAUUUCUCUUCAGUAUCGUAGUACAUUAGAUCGAAUGCUAGAUUCAGUAUUAUUAAAAGAAGAAAAUGAACAACCAUUGAGGUUGCCAAGUCCAGAAGUUUAUCGUUUUGUUGUGAAAGACUCCGAAGAAAACAUUGUUUUUGAAGACAAUUUGCAAAGUGGAAUCCCUGUCAUUAAAGGAGGAACUGUGGUGAAAUUAAUUGAAAGACUAACCUACCAUAUGUAUGCAGAUCCCAAUUUUGUGCGUACUUUUCUUACAACCUAUCGUUCAUUUUGUAAACCACAGGAAUUGUUGAAGCUAUUGAUUGAACGGUUUGAAAUCCCCGAGCCAGAACCUUCUGAAGCAGAUAAAUUGGCAGUAGAGAAAGGAGAGCAGCCAAUCAGUGCAGAUCUGAAACGGUUUCGCAAAGAAUAUGUCCAACCAGUACAACUUAGGAUACUAAAUGUAUUUCGGCACUGGGUAGAACAUCAUUUUUAUGAUUUUGAGAGAGAUCUGGAAUUACUUGAAAAAUUAGAAUCCUUUAUUUCAAGUGUAAAAGGAAAAACGAUGAAGAAGUGGGUAGAGUCAAUUGUUAAAAUCAUCAAGAGGAAAAAACAAGCUCAGGCAAAUGGAAUUAGCCAUAAUAUUACUUUUGAAAGUCCACCACCACCCAUUGAAUGGCAUAUUAGCAGACCAGGACAGUAUGAAACAUUUGAUCUCAUGACCCUGCAUCCAAUAGAAAUUGCACGUCAACUAACACUUCUGGAAUCAGAUCUCUACAGAGCAGUUCAGCCUUCUGAACUUGUAGGAAGUGUGUGGACUAAAGAAGAUAAGGAAAUAAAUUCUCCAAAUUUAUUGAAAAUGAUUCGGCACACUACAAAUCUGACUCUCUGGUUUGAAAAAUGCAUAGUAGAAGCAGAAAACUUUGAAGAACGAGUGGCAGUAUUAAGUAGGAUUAUGGAGAUUCUGCAAGUUUUUCAAGACUUGAACAAUUUCAGUGGUGUGUUAGAGAUAGUCAGUGCAAUGAAUUCAGUGUCUGUAUACAGAUUGGAACAUACAUUUGAAGCAUUACAGGAAAGAAAGCGGAAGAUUUUAGAAGAAGCUGUAGAACUAAGCCAAGAUCACUUUAAAAAAUACCUAGCAAAACUUAAAUCAAUCAACCCACCUUGUGUGCCUUUUUUUGGAAUAUAUUUAACAAAUAUUCUGAAGACUGAAGAAGGGAAUAAUGAUUUCCUUAAAAAACAAGGGAAAGAAUUAAUCAACUUUAGUAAAAGAAGGAAAGUAGCUGAAAUUACUGGAGAAAUUCAGCAGUAUCAGAAUCAGCCGUAUUGUUUACGGAUAGAAGCAGAAAUAAGGAGGUUCUUUGAAAAUCUCAAUCCUAUGGGAAAUGCAUCAGAGAAAGAAUUUACAGACUAUUUAUUCAAUAAAUCACAAGAAAUUGAACCCCGAAACUGUAAACAACCACCUCGAUUUCCUAGGAAAACAACUUUCUCCUUAAAAUCUCCUGGUAUAAGGCCACACACCGGCAGACAUGGCUCUACUUCAGGCACUUUACGAGGUCACCCAACUCCAUUAGAAAGAGAACCAUGUAAAAUAAGCUUCAGUCGGAUAAAUGAGGCUGAACAUGAAUCAACAGCAUCAGCACCAACCUCUCCAAACACACCAUCUACUCCACCAGUCUCUGCUUCUUCAGAUCUUAGUGUAUUUUUAGAUACAGAUCUUAACAGUUCUUAUGGAAGCAACAGCAUCUUUGCUCCAGUAAUCUUACCACAGUCAAAAUCUUUCUUAAAUUCAUGUGGUAGUUUACAUAAAUUAACUGAAGAGUCACUGGUUCCUCCUCCUCUUCCUCCUCGUAAAAAGUCUGACCAAGAUGUUUCAACUUCCAAGGGAAACAUGAAAUAUGAUGAUGAUCCUCCUGCUAUUCCACCAAGGCAGCCACCACCUCCAAAGAUAAAGCCUCGAGUCCCUGCUUACAGUGAUCCGUUUGAAGGGCCUUUGCCUAGUCCACCACCACCACCUCCACGAGAUCCUCUUCCUGAGAUUCCUCUACCAGCACCUCUUCGGCCUCCUGAACAUUUUAUAAACUACCCAUUUAAUCUUCAGCCACCACCAAUGGGACACACUCACAGAGAUCCAGAUUGGUUUCGGGAGGCCAGUACAUGUCCAAACUCACCAAAUACUUCUCCAAGCACGCCCUCUCCAAGGGUGUCACAUCGCUGUGUGCUCAGUUCCAGUCAAAAUAAUCUUGCUCAUUCUCAAGCUCCCCCUAUCCCACCAAGACAGAAUUCAAGUCCUCAUUUACCAAAACUGCCACCAAAGACUUACAAAAGAGAUCUUUGUCAACCUCCUGUGUAUAGAUUGUCCUUGUUAGAACAUGCAGAAACUCCUCAGUGACCUUAGCCUUAUUUAGUCAUUGACACUGGAAUAGUAUUUAUAAACUUCCUUUUUUUAUUUAUUCAAAACAAGGCAAGGUAUUUUAGUAGUUUUGCAAAUAAUUCUCUUAUAAAAUUGCUACUGAUGAAAGAAGCCCCAAAAUUGGGAAAAUAAAAUUAUUUUAAAGCACAAAGUCCUUCAGGUCAUUAGUAGCAUUACUAUGUCUUGGAUCGUCAGUACUACCAGUGAUUAGGCCAGUAUAAAAAAUUUGUAUUUUGCAAUGUAUGUAUGUACAUUAAAUUAAUUUAACUAUUGUUUGCACCGGAGAGAAAGUGCAUUUCUGGAAUUCUUCAAAUUUAUCUUCUAGAGACCUUUUUAAGGAAAUAAAUUUAUUUAAGAAUAUAGUUUUACUCCUUUUUAAACUUUUUGGCUAUUCACUUUCUAGUUUUAUCUGUAUCUAGGAAAGUUGUGAAUAACUCCUACAUGUGCUCAAAUUCUUGAAUGUCAUAUCUUAAAUGCCAUUUUUACUGUUGGCAACUAAAAGGAAAAAUGGAAUGAAAAUCAAAACAAAGAUAUCAGAACAUACUGUUUUUAUUUUGUUUUGGCAGAAUGUGAACAAAGAUUACCCAACCCAUUGUGGGGGAGUGGGAAGGGAGGAUACAAAGCCUGUGUAUCUUUAGCAUGAAUCUUUUUCAGAUGUGCCUUUUUGUUUUGUCAGCCAAACUAUCUUUAGUUAAUGAAUUGCCUUUGUUUUGGAGAACAAAGCUAACAUGCCCAUGUAUGUGCAAUUUUGUUUAUACUGUAUAUUUACAGAUGAUGCUAAUAACCUAUGUAAAUUUAAGUGACUCAAGGCCUAUAAUGCACUUGCGGCUUUGCAAAUUCAUACCAUUCAAAGGAAAGUUUUCAGUGGAAUAGCAACCAUGACUUGUUUUCAAAACCUAAUGAUCUAUUCUCUGAAUCUCAUUGGAUUUAAUUGUAAUUUUUAAAAAUCCUUUUUGAAGAUUGGUAGUGUUUAAGUCAACUUUAUUAACUUUUUAUAUAGAGAAGUGAAUAAAACUUUUCUCUUACUAUUUUGACUACCUUAUUCAAACUGGUGAAUGAAUCUGUUUUAAUGGUAGUACUACUGUUGCAGCACUUGUUAAGUGGCCAAAAGCCACAUUUUAUUUACUGAUCUGUGGUCUUUUACUGUGUUUUGCAUCAAAGUUCUUAACAAGAUUAAUAAAUCAUCUCAGUCUUAAUUUU